CUACCAACUUUGGAAAACCAAUUUCUAUUGAAGAACGAUUAGUGGUUACAAUAAGAUAUUUAGCUACUGGAUGUUCAUUCAGAAGUCUAGCAUUUUCAUUCCGAAUGGGCAAGUCUACGAUAAGUAUGAUAGUUUUUGAAACAGCCGGAAUAAUUUGGAGUAAAUUGGUUCAAGAAUAUAUGCCCGUGCCUACUGAGGAACAUUUACAAAAAGUAAUAUCAGACUAUUAUAAUCGAUGGAAAUUUCCCAACUGUUUUGGCUCAAUUGACGGCAAACACUGUCAAAUAAAAUGUCCGCCAAACUCAGGAUCGAGUUAUUUUAAUUAUUUAAAAUACUUUUCGAUAGUACUACAAGGCGUGGCUGAUGCUGAUAAAAAAUUCCUGCCAAUAGAAGUAGGAGGCAGGGGUAAGCAAAGUGAUGGUGGAACAUUUAUCGCGUCAAUUUUAUUCAACCUAUUGGAAGCCAAACAAUUUUGCGUCCCUCCAGAUCAAGAACUGCCAGGAUCAAACAUAAAAAUGCCUAAUGUUUUAAUUGGUGAUGAAGCUUACCCAUUGAAAAAAUACUUAAUGCGGCCGUAUCCACGCAGAGUACUCACACCAAGAAAAGAAUAUUUCAAUACACGCCUCUCUACAGCCCGAAAAUGUAUCGAGUGUGCAUUCGGAAUUCUCUAUUCAAAAUGGCGCUUCUUAUCAAAAGAUAUAGAGAUAUAUCCCGAUAAAGCUUGCGUAUUAAUAAAAUGUGCAUGCAUACUUCAUAAUUUUAUAAUAAUAUAA